AUCUGAGGAAAGCAGUUUUGACCAUCAACUGGGAGCUGUGAGGAGAGCGGGGCAAACUAGGAAUCCGCGCCAUGGAUGCAGUGACCUAUGAGGAUUUGUGUGUGAACUUCUCUCCAGAAGAGUGGGCUUUGCUGGAUCCUUCUCAGAAGAGUCUCUACAAAGACGUGAUGCUGGAAACGUGCAGGAACCUCACUGCUAUAGGCUACAAGUGGGAAGUCCACAAUAUUGAAGAACGUUAUCAAAGUUCUGGAAGACAUAGAAGGUGUAACAUUUGUCACUCUGGACCCCAGCCUUGUGAGUGUAAGAGAUAUGGAAAGAAGCCAUGUACCUUUGCAAGUAACAGUGUUCUUCAAACAGAUGAAAGAUUCCACACUGAAGGGAAACCCUGUGAGUGUAAUCUGUGCAGUAAACCCUUUCCAACUCUUAGUAGUCUUCAACAACAUGAUAGAAGUCACCCUAGGAAAAAACUCUGUGAAUGUAAUCACUGUGGUAAAACUUUUCCAAGUCGCAGUUCUCUUCGAGUACAUGAAAGAACUCAUACAGGAGAGAAACCCUAUGACUGUAAUGAAUGUGGUAAAGCCUUUUCAACUCGCAGUCAUCUUCAAAUACACCAAAGAACUCAUACUGGAGAGAAACCUUAUGAUUGCGGUGAAUGUGGUAAAGCCUUUGCAAGUAAAGGUAAUCUUCAAGUACACCAAAGAACUCACACAGGGGAGAAACCGUAUUGCUGCAGUGAAUGUGGUAAAGCAUUUGCUACUCAUAAUAAUCUUCAAAUACAUGAAAUAAUUCACACUGGAGAAAAACCCUAUGAAUGUAGUGAAUGUGGUAGAGCCUUUGCAUACAGCAGAGCUCUUAAAGCACAUGAGAAAACUCACACUGGAGAGAAACCCUAUGAGUGUCACCAAUGCAGCAAAGCCUUUGCAGGUCGUGCUAGUCUUCGAAAUCAUCAAAAACAUCAUACUGGAGAGAAGCUCUUUGUAUGUACACAAUGUGGUAAAGCCUUCAUAAGUCAGAGUGUUCUUCAGAGGCACGAAGGAACUCACACUGGUGAGAAGCCGUAUGAAUGUAGUCAGUGUGGUAAGGCCUUUGCACUCCUCAGUUAUCUUCAAAUACACAAAAGAACUCACACUGGUGAGAAACCAUAUAAAUGUAAUCAGUGUGGUAAAGCCUUUACAAGUCAUGCUAAUCUUCAAAAUCAUGAAAAACAUCACACUGGAGAGAAACCCUAUGGAUGUAAUCAAUGUGGUAAAGCCUUUGUAUGUACUAGCAGUCUUCAAAUACAUGAAAGAAGUCAUACUGGGGAGAAACCCUAUGAAUGUAAUCAGUGUGGUAAAGCCUUUACAAGUCGCAGUUAUCUUCAAAUACAUGAAAGAAUUCAUACCGGAGAGAAACCCUAUGGAUGCAAGCGAUGUGGUAAAGUCUUUGCGUAUAGUAGUAGUCUUCAAAUACAUGAAAGAAGUCACACUGGAGAGAAACUUUAUAAAUGUACUCAGUGUGGUAAAGCUUUUGCAAGUCGCAGUUAUCUUCAAAUACACAAAAGAGUUCACACUGGAGAGAAACCCUAUGAAUGUAGUCAUUGUGGUGAAGCCUUUGCAAGUCGUGCUAGUCUUCAGAAUCAUGAAAAACAUCAUACUGGAGAGAAACCCUAUGAAUGCAAGCAAUGCGGUAAGAUCUUUGCCCGUCGCAGUAAUCUUCAAGUACACGAAAGAAUUCAUACUGGAGAAAAACCUCAUGCAUGUCAGCAAUGUGGUAAGGCCUUUGUCUUAAAGCGAGAUCUUCAAAUACAUGAAAGAACUCAUACUGGAGAGAAACCGUAUAGAUGUAAGCAAUGUGGUAAGGCCUUUGUAUGUAGUAGCAGUCUUAAAAUACAUGAAAGACGUCACACUGGAGAGAAACCUUGUGAAUGUAAUCACUGUGGUAAAGCCUUUUCAAGUCACAGUUAUCUUCAAGUACACAAAAGAGUUCAUACUGGAGAGAAACCAUAUGAAUGUAAUCUUUGUGGUAAAGCCUUUGUAAGUCACAGUUAUCUCCAAGUACACAAAAGGGCUCAUACUGGACAGAACCCAAAUAAAUGUAAUCAAUGUGGUAAAGCCUUUGUAAGUCACAGUUACCUUCAAAUACAUAAAAGACUUCAUACUGGAGAGAAACCCUAUGGAUGUAAUCAAUGUGGUAAAGCCUUUACAUAUAACCGAGAUCUUCAUAGGCAUGAAAUAAUUCACACUGGAGAGAAACCUUAUGGAUGUAAUCAGUGUGGUAAAGCCUUUACAAGCCGAAGUUAUCUUCAGAUACACAGAAGAGUUCAUACUGGAGUGAAACCAUAAGAAUGUACUCAGUGUGGUAAAGCCUUUGCGUAUCACACUAGUCUUUGUAAUCACAAAAAAUCUCACACUGGAGAGAAAUCCUAUGGAUGCAAUUGAUGCAAUGAA